UUCUUUUGCCUCAGUCACAUGAUGGAUGUGGUACCUUAUCACAUUCAAAAGUGACUUUGCUUCUUCACCAGCAUUUGCAUGUUUUCUGGACCAUCUUCUUAAUCUCAGAACCAAUUCUGACUGAGGUUUUGACUGACCUUGGUCUUCAUGACAGUGGGAUUUUUUCUCCCCAGGAUGGAAAGUAAGAACCUCUUCUUAAGCUUACUGCUCUGCUACAGUUUGCUUAGAGCUGCCAGAUCUCACCUGAUAAUCGAGGAGAAGACAGAAUGCAACUUGUCAAAGAACAACAAAAUGAACCUCCCAGAUCUCCCACCCAUCUCCAUCGUAGAUUUAACUAAAAGAUCCCAGAAAGUCAGCAGAAAAGAGGCAGAGAAUAAGAAAUCUUCCAAGAAAAAUGCUGAACUGAAGACACCCCCAAAACCAAGGCCCACACCUGCUGCUGACUGCGUGCCCAACUUCAAAACCUGCAAACCACACUUGAAUUCAUGCUGCAACUACUGUGCCUUGUGCAAAUGCCGAAUUUUUCAGACAAUCUGCCAGUGUUUACUGUUAAACCCAAAGUGUUAAACCUAAUGAGGAAC